AGACACCAGCGCCAGACGGUGAUGCCUCUUGGGUUGUGACUCUAGCGCAGAAACUUGGAGCCCUUUGCCUGCCGUCCUACUUGGCAGCAAACCCUCUCCUCACAGCUUAAGAGUUGAAUGAACGACCAUGUGUAGUGGAGCGAGCCUGGCCUUGCUGGUCUACGGGAUAAUUAUGCACAGCAGCGUCUACUGCUCACCUGCCGCCGCUGGUCUGCAGUUCCCCGGGAUCAGGCCGGAGGACGAGGUGUACGACGAGGACGGAAACCCGCUGCAAUACUUCUAUGACUCGGACCCGCCUGGCAUAGGGAGCCCCGCCUCCGCACUUCAAGACGCGUCGGCGCUCUACUCCACCGCCGAGAGGAGAGAUGUCGCCCAAGGGAUCCUUAACAAGGCCUACCGCAAAGUGCUGGACCAGCUGUCCGCCAGGAAGUACCUGCAGUCGCUCGUGGCCAAGGGCGUGGGGGGGAACUUAGGCGGCGGUGCAGACGACGACACGGAGCCGCUCUCCAAGCGCCACUCGGACGGAAUCUUCACGGACAGCUACAGCCGCUACCGGAAACAAAUGGCUGUCAAGAAAUACUUGGCGGCUGUCCUAGGGAAAAGGUAUAAACAAAGAGUUAAAAACAAAGGACGCCGAAUAGCGUAUUUGUAG